UGUGCCGAUGUCAUGACAUCCGUGCCGUUGAAUUGGGGCAAACCGCUAAAGGAGACGCACCACACUGGUGCACAAAGGAGCUUGCCUUGGUGCAGUUCGCUGCAGGAAGUUACCAGAGCGAGCCGCACUGCUCCAGCGCAUCUCCAGGAGGUGUUUGCCCUGAUGUCACUGCGUCACUGUGAUUAUACGGGUGCAGAUUGCUCGGAUACAGAGUGCUGGCGUCUAAGCUUUCAUCAGCUGAUCUGUGUCCCCCUGCUGGCCCUGCUUGCCCAGACGGCUGGAUGGGAUACCGAGGGAAAUGCUACUAUUUCUCAGAGAGGGAAGGGAGCUGGACCGACAGCCAGAGCCCUGCUCUGCACCGGGUGCCUCCCUGGCUGGGAUCGACAGUGAGCAGGAAAUGGCGUUCCUGCUGCGCCAUAAGGGUGUCUAUGACUGGAUCGGCCUCUGGAGGGAGCCGGGUCAGCCCUGGACAUGGGCCAACGGCACCGAAUUCAACCACCUGUUUCAGAUAAGAGGAGGAGGUGACUGCGCGUAUCUGAACGAGGAGAAAGGGGUCAGCAGCUCACGGUGCUACAUGGAAAGACGGUGGAUCUGUCGCAAACCUGAGGUGUAUGUGAUGGGAAAAGAGACUGCACUGGAAGGGGGCUCGAAAUGAGACUCCUAGAAGUGACACUGAUCCAACUCACACCUACUUGAACGAGCCAAGUCCCCAUUCGUCAGCCUGGCCAGGAUCUCAAAAUCAGGCAGCAGGGCCCUCAAGCAAUAAGUGUGUCUCGUUUAAACUAUGGAUUCUUCAUAUGUGCCUUCUGCUUUUGAACCUUUAAACUCAGGGUCACAUUGUCAAGCUUUUCUCUGCAGCUGAGAGGGAGUGAUCUCAUGAGAAGGAGUCUCAGCCACACGCUGGGGAAAUGAGAGAAGGGAAGGCCUUGUUUG